AUGGCGGUGCCUACUGGCGGAGAGGCCGCAGACCAACAGGCACCAAAGAUUGGAACAAAUACGAACUUGGCAGUGCUUGAAGGAAAUGUGUUAGGUCCUGUCCAGGCACAGCAUCAAGAGACCGGAGGCCUUGACAAAGCCGACACUGGAAAGGUCAGAGACAAUAAUGGAAGUUUGCUUCCUGAUAAACCAAGCGAAGGAAACUUAAACGAGACAUCUACGUACCAAUCCCAGUUUCGAGGCAAGUUCGCAGCAGCCAUGCGAGCUCCUUGGAAUAUGGACGCGGUGAAAGCGGCACGCUUGUCCAAAGCACAAUGGCUCCAGGCCCACGAAGCAAUCCUCCUCGAAUGUGGCUUUCUCGUCUGUCUCGAUGGCCACGCCGACGAACCCCGCGACGCUUAUCAUCCUAUCACACCCAAAGAGGGUUUGAGAACAGCUCCUCCAGAGUUCUAUCAGGUCCAAGAGCUCCACGACUAUCUGACAAAACAAUCAAUGCCCUUGGCCGUUCGAAAACUCUGCCAGUGGGCAUCACCUACCCUUUAUGCUGCCACUUAUCCGGUCGACGUCUUGGGAUUGCCCACGCAGCUCAGCCUGCCCGACGUCGACGAUAUCGACAAUCCAGAGGUGAUCAUCCACUUGCAGGUCCCAUUUGUCGCACUUGCCUUGGUAUUACAGCAGCACAUCAAGAUUACACACGACGAACUGAGUUUCAAACUCCACCCAAUCCAAGGCCUCCCUAAUACCAAACUCCGCAGAGGUCCUCGUGGACCCAAGAAAACGAAGCCCAUAGAAGAGCAAACUACAGUGAAGUCUCUAACCGAGGGUGCGGAGGGGACGCAGAUGCGAGGGGAUCCUACAGGAGAGUUCGUCGUCAGCAAAACUUGGGACUCGGACUUGGAGCAGGCAAGGAAGUCGAUCUCUAUAAAAGAGCUUCUGGAGAGGAGAAAGACUGGAAUAACCUAUCGCAAAAUUGCCAAAAGACUCCUUGUCUCAAUGCGUGACAAGGCAGCCAUAUCCGUAGGCCAGUCCCAGUUAGACGGCGACCAGACAGGAGGAAGAAAGAGAGCCGAUCUGUACAGUAUGGCGAAGCAACUGGUCGCCCUCUGGCUCCAGGACAUAGGAGACUUUUCCAGGAAGGAGAGACAGCUUCGCAAAGCCGAAAAAGCGGCCCACAACAAACUACUGGCUGCCUCUGCCUUAAAUUGCAAAGAGGAUCGCAUCCUGCGUCGGCUUGGGAAGGCCCAAGAUUGGUUCGAAAGAUCGGGAGGGCCGCAUGAUUUAGGGAACCGCCUUGAAAAUGCUAAAGAGAUGCGGCAAACUACUCAUACAGGCGACGGAAAAGUUGCAGAGCUUGAUCAGGAGUUGAGCACGCUCAAGGACCUGCAGGCGAAGUGGGAAAAUAAGCAUUGGGAAGCUUCUCAGAAUGUUGAGGAUUCCCAAGCUGAGCUGUCCAAGUCGAUAAAAUUAAAGGUCUGUGCCUUGCAAAAGUCUGAAGGUUACCCCAACGGAGAUUCUGAUCGCAACACACUGGAACCGAAGCCCAAUGCAUCUAAUCCUUUGGUCGCUCGUGAGGUGCUCAAAAGAAAGUUCUACACCCAAUUGAAUCAGAGAAAGGCCGAAGAUACUCGGAUCAAAUCUGCUGCUGCCCACGAUAGAUUGAGCCCCCAUAAGAGGGUCAAAUACGGGGUCAGCCCUCGCGAUCCUGAAGAAAAGCCAUUCAUCACAGGCCAGCCGGGUGUCUUCCACGAUAGACAGUUACUGCAGCACGAUGAUCCCAUUCCAACUUUGACUCCCCUUGUCAGCCAUGGCCAACCACCAGACUAUCCACCCGCCAGUGCUCCUAGGUCAAUUCCUGAAGUUCUUUCGUGGAACCACGUUGAAGGCCUUGUUGAGCGUCGACAGACCCGACCAGACCAUAAUACUUUGCAGCAACAUCCACAACAAGAGACGCGGCUUGCGGUACCCCAGGCUCAGGUCUACAGGCCUCAAUCAUCACCUCGGAGUUUCCAGCCGUAUACUGUCCCGGUCUGGUAUCCACCUGCGAACAUGGAGGGCUCCUUUCAUGUACAGACACCUCCAGGUUCUUCCGCUUCAAGCCAGCCACAGGGUUCUCUUCAGCAUCAUUUGUGGCAGCAGAGACCAGAACAUCAAAGGGAAUGA